AUGAAUAAUUCUAGUUCUUUCAGCUCUUUCAAAAAAAAUAGAGUACAAACGUCGAAAUCUAUACCAGGAGCAAGACUAUCUCCAUAUAACGGACAGUUAUUAUUAUCAACUGGAGAAGACAAACAUACAGGAUAUUCUAAAUUAUUACUUAAAUACUUUCUGUCACAAGGAAUUGCUUCAGGGCACCAUGUAUUGUUUUCCAGUGCAGAGGAAGAUCCAGCAAAUUUUAUAAAAGGAUUACCAUGGAUUACGAAUGAUGAUACAAAUGAUUUGGAUGAUGGAACAGAGAUCGACGAUAAAAUGAAAAUUGCUUGGCGAUAUAAAGAAAUGAAAAAAUUUGAAUCUGGAAUUAAAAGUAAUAAUAGACAAAAUGUUAUGCCACCAAUUUUCAAGAAUAAGCAAAUCUCUAUUACCAAACCUCAACGACAGGAACAACCAUUUUGUCAUACUUUCGAUUUAACAAAAUCAAUUCCACAAUCAUCGAUUGAUUCAGCGUCACUAACAUUAAUAGAUGCAACUAAAUGGGCAGAUGAACUACAUGAUGAAAAUAUGUAUAAUAAGCUUUUAUCUGAAAUUCGUCUAGUUAUUGAUCAAAAUAAUUUUAGUUCAUUGACGGCACCAUCGACAGGUGUUGAAAGUAAUGCGUUAAGAAUUGGAAUACAUUCAAUCGCAUCACCAUCAUGGCAUUCUAAUUCUCCUCAUGAUCUUUAUAGAUUUUUUCAUGCUUUACGUGGCAUAUUAAGAAGUUCAUCUAGUUUAUCUGUGAUAACAAUUCCAGCGCAUUUAUACACAUCUAAUUCAAUGUCAUCCUCAUUUAUAAGACGAAUUGAACAUAU